AUGGCUUUGCUGUUGAGACCUUCAGACUCCUACUCCUAUUGUGAAGGUCUGUUCGUGUUGUUGCUGUUAGGUUUCUUCUGUCUCGGAACUGGAUUAUUUAUUGCUCUGGUACAGCCCUACGACAUACUAUUCAGAUGGAAAAUCAAAUUCCAAGAAGGCGGCGAGAUUUUCGAUAUGUGGAGGAAGCCAGAGGUCGAACUAUACACUCGUGUUUACUUGUUUAAUGUCACCAAUGCUGAAGAGUACAUGGCUGGUACAGACGAUAAACUUAGGCUCAAAGAAGUUGGACCAUUUGUAUAUCGGGAACAUCUCGAGCACAGCGAAAUUAAGUUUAACGAUAAUGGGACGUUAUCCGCAAUACCGAAACACCCGUUAACCUGGGUUGAGGAACUGUCUGAGGGGAAUAAGGAAGACGACAUAUUAUUCCUACCGCAUAUCGCUUUGUUAAGUAUAGCAAACGUUGUCUCCAGCCAAAGUUUCGUGACGCGUUUUGGUUUGAACAAUAUCGUCGGAUUCACUAAUAGCCAGCCACUCGCCCAGAUGACAGCUAAAGAGUUCAUGAUGGGUUAUAAGUCUGAGAUCAUGACUUUGGGCAACACGUUUAUGCCCGGAUGGGUCUAUUUUGAUAAACUCGGCCUUAUUGAUCGGAUGUACGACUUUAAUGGCGAUUUCGAAACCGUAUUCACUGGUGAAACAGAGCUAACACAUUCAGGUCUGAUUGACACCUACCGAGGCUCUACAGACUUGCCGCAAUGGCCUGAGAAACACUGCUCUAACGUGCAAUACGCGUCAGAUGGCACGAAGUUCAAAAGUGCAAUUGGGAAAAAUGAUUCUCUGUUGUUUUAUAGAAAGAGUCUGUGUCGGGCUGCGCCAUUGGUCCCAGUGAAAGAAGGCGAGAAGAAUGGUUUGAAAGGGGUGAUGUACACAUUUCCCGAGCACAUGAUGGACAAUGGGAUACAUAAUGAGGAAAACAAGUGCUUUUGUCGACAUGGUAAAUGUCUACCGGAAGGUUUAUUGGAUGUAUCCGACUGUUACUACGGGUUUCCCAUAGCUUUGUCCUACCCUCACUUUUACAAGGGUGAUGAUGUUUUAUUCACGAAGAUCGAGGGUUUGAAGCCGGAUAAAGAACUGCAUGAAACAAGGUUCUGGAUCCAACCCGACUCCGGUCUUCCGCUCGACGUGAGUGCCAAGUUCCAGAUCAAUAUGCCCUUGGAGGAUAUUAGCAACAUCAGAAAUACAGGCAGAUUCGCCAAUAUCUACUUGCCGCUUCUCUGGUUUGAUAUUAGAAUGUUCCGCCUACCGUCGUCAAUGGAGAUGCGCUUCAAAAUGUACCUAAACAUACUUCCGAUAGUCGAAAAAUCAAUAAUGUACCUUAGUUUUAUUUCUGGUACGAUCCUGAUAUUCGUUACCGUCUACAUCCUAACAUUCAAAAUCAUGUUUAAGUCAUACAAACACAAAAAACAUUGGUCUAAUAAAGACAAAAUGAAAGAUAUCUAUGUGCCCUGUGAAAUGCCUUUAGAAUCAGAUGAUAAUGAAAAAGAAUCAAAGUCUUUUAUUAAAAUACCCUCGGAUAAGUUAAAAGAAUUAGGACAUAAAAUCAGCGAUAAAGUAGGUACAAGAAUUUUUGAUUCCGAACGCAAAAACUCCCUCAUUGUUCCUGAAUGUUCGGAAGUCAAUGAUGCGUAUAGGAGUGAGAGUGAUGGUAGGGAAAGUGAUGAUGAUAGGCGAGAAAGUGAUGAUAACGUAAGAGGUGAUGGCACUUGUAAAUAUCUAGAAAUAAUUGAUGAUGGAAGUGAUUUUGAUUAUGUUUAUACUGAGAGUGAUCGAGCGAAUACAUUGCGGGAGUUGGAUAAGUGA